GGUACAAUCUGGGGGGGUUGUAUGGAGGAGGAUUGCUGGGGUUGCAAUUUUCCCCCGGUGGAUAUGACGUUCGCGGCUUUUAAACGCCCUUAAGUCCUGGCCUAGGCUCGUGAAUUGUGAAUUGGCCUCUAUCUAGUUGGACCCCGGAUCCCUCCAACACACCUCCAACCCUCUUUUUCUCUCCAUUUAUCCGACAGCCUCUUUCCUUGCUAUACUUUUCUACAUAAGUGAUUGUUCCUUUGAGACAACCAAGUCAAUCACCAUUCCGUCGCUACAUGAAAGUAUAGUACGUGUCGUCGUGCGUGCGAGAAACCCGACAGAGGAGUCGGUGGCGUAGGAGAUGCCAUCGGCUCUCACCAACUAUGGCUCCGUCGCCGAGAUGCAGCGGGAAGGCGGGAACCCUGAUAGCCUCGUCGGCAAGGUCGACGGCGCGAUUAGGAGGGCGAGCACCGUGAUCUCGACUGCGACAGACAAGGACUCGAGCAGCAGCAAGACUAGUAGUAGUAGUAGCCCAACAGCAGCAGCAGCAGAAUCUGCCACUGAAGAGCGCGCCAUGACCGAAGCGACCGCGGGGCAAGACAAGAAGAAGCCCAACAAGCAUAGCAUGGACUACAUCAUGCGGUCCUUUGUGGCCGGUGGUCUGGCAGGAUGUGCUGCCAAAACCACCGUCGCACCCCUCGACCGAGUCAAAAUCCUCUUCCAAACAAGCAAUCCGCAGUUCGCAAAAUACACCGGUUCCUGGACAGGCCUCGGCCGCGCAUUAGGAGACAUCUACGCCCAGCACGGCGUAGUGGGGUUAUUCCGGGGUCAUUCCGCCACGCUGCUGAAGAUCUACCCCUACGCCGCCAUCAAGUUCGUCGCGUACGAGCAGUACCGCGCGCUCAUCAUCGGCGGAAGCAAGCACAACGAGACAUGGCUGCGACGCUUCUCAGCAGGCGCCCUCGCAGGCCUAACAUCAGUGCUCUUCACAUACCCGCUCGAAGUAAUCCGCGUACGCCUAGCCUUCGAGACCGGGGUGCGAAGUUCCUCACUCCUCCACAUCUGCAAGAAGAUAUACCACGAACAUCCUCUCCCGCCUUCUUCUACUACGACCGCAUCCGCAUCUACCUCCUCCAUCGCAGCAGCGACAGCGACAACGAUAAGCGCAGUCGCGCCACGGAGCGGGAUAAUCAAUUUCUACCGCGGCUUCUCGACGACGAUGCUGGGCAUGAUACCGUACGCGGGCAUGUCGUUCCUCACGCACGACACCGUCGGCGACGUCUUCCGGUCCGCGGCGCUCCGGAAACACGCGACCCUGCCGCAGCCCGCCAACGCGCCCAAGGACAAGCCCGCGCCCCUGACGGCGUGGGCCGAGCUCGCCGCGGGCGGCAUAUCCGGCGCCGUCUCGCAGACCAUCUCGUACCCGCUCGAGGUCGUCCGCCGCCGGAUGCAAGUCGCGGGCGCCAUCGGCGACGGGCACAGGCUGCGCAUCGCCGAGACGGCGGGCCUGAUCUUCAGGGAGCGCGGGCUGCCUGGUUUCUUCGUGGGUCUGACGAUCGGCUACGUCAAGAUCAUCCCGCUGGCGGCUGUCAGCUUUUACACGUAUGAGCGCAUGAAGACUGUUCUGGGCAUAUAGUCACGCACGGGGGCGUGAACGUGGAACACGACACGAUGCAAUACCAGGACAGGACGGAGCAGAAUUGAGUGAGAGAUGGAAGUGAAAGUGGAAGUGAAGGUAUCUCGACGCAUACCUUUACUUAUUAUCUACGUCUCGCAUAGUAGGCGUCAAGGAGUUUGGGGAGGGGUUACGCAACGACUUUAUUUACCUACGUACUUAGCUACGUUGGGCUUUGCUCCAUAGACGGACGGAUGGAUAUACCAUGAAUGGAACGGGACAUUCGCAUCGCGGGAUGAAUGACUUUACACCUGGAUAGGUUGUUUUGGACUGGUUUGUAUUCCAUGGCAGGGCAUUUCUUCCUUACUCCAUACAUACAUACAUACAUACUUGAAUAGGGUAUAUAUACAAGGGUUUCGGUAGAUUUAGAAAGUAGAUAUAUAUCCAUAUCAAUUAAAAAUAUCCAGAAAACUUGAAUCGAUC